AUGGCUUCGGGGCGGUCUCUCCCUCUGCCUACUGUGUGUGUGUGUUUUCCGUACGUCCCUCUCUAUUCAAUGCCGCUGUCCACGUUCUCCGUCCGCGAUAUCGUGGCCACUCCCGAUGACGCCGACGUGCUGCAAGCCAGCCUGGAAGAGCUGCACCGACACCGCUGCGUGAAGCGGCAGGAGGAGCAAGCGCGGAAGCGGUGGGAGCAGCACCAGCUCUUAGACGAAGACGCGGGCAGCUGGGGCACCGCGCAGGAGCUCGCCUAUCGCCGUGAGGUGCUCCACACGUGGACGCGGCAGUACCCAAGGUUGCGAGAGGCCAUGGUAUCCUUGGCGUCCGCGUCGUCAUCGAACACCGCAGCCACGGCCCCUGCGGCAACCACUGCUGCGGCGUUCUCCGUCGCCGAAACUGUUCGUCCAUCGUACCCAACGCUGUGGCGGAUACCGGCGGGCACCAUCCCGACAGACUUUUACACGCACAACGCGGCCAUGGAAGUGUCACAGCUGCUUUCGACGCCGCAGCGUCAGCACGCGACCACCGAGGCGGUGAAAGACUACAGCGCUCACUCGUGUCUGGUGCGCGUCCGGUGGGAGCCGGUACGGUUGACAGGCCUGUUUACUGAGCCACCGCCGUCGGCAGCCUCGUCUUUUGUACCGCUAUCGCAGCAUCCGUCUGACAGCACCAGCCACGCACAGCUUCAGCCGCAGCGCGUGUUGGCGCGGUGGCCCCAAGGCAAGCCGGCAUCCGCCAAGAUGGCCGCGGUUCUGCGCUCCAUCGGGAUCGAGGAGCGCAAGCGCGAGCAGUGGAACGAGCACUUGCAGCGGCAGCGGCAGAAACAGGGUGAAAGGGAAGCGCCCCAGCAGCGGCUGCACGAUCGAGUGCGGGACCGUCUCUCCGCAGCGUCGGUGAAGCGUUUCGACAACCUGGCGAGUAGCGCAGACGGCUGCGAACCCCCCACCGAGGAGGGCGCGGUGGACGAGUCCUACUCUGCGGCUACGGCGGUGAGGGCUGGUGGAGUCGUAGAAGACGGAGGCAGUGGCGGCGGCAGCGCUGCCGAUGCAUCUGAGAGCGCCUUGGGCCACGAGCUGUACUGGCCGGCACACAUCACCCGCACUCGGGCGCUCUUCACCGGCGCGGCAUGUCUGCAGGACACCUUCCACGGCCUCGGCCAGCUGCAGCGGUAUGAGCGGUUUGAGCCGGUGCUCGCCUUGGCGCUGGCAAGUUCGCUGCGCAUCGUUGUCGAUGUGGUCUACGCCGUUGAUGAGACCAGUGAGGCUUUCGGCCUGUCCAUCGACCCCGUCGUCCAUUUCGACGCGAUGACGUCUUCGGACGCGCGCAGGAACGUGGCAACCGGGCGAGACAGCGAUGCAAUGCGGAGCAUCAACUUGGGUAGUGGGUGCGGCAGCGGUGCAAGCAGGCAUGGUAUCGCGACUGAUCGUCGCGCCACCCUCUCGUCAUCCGAGAUAUCCUCCUCCAUGGCGGAGGACGAAUGCCCCGUGCUUCUGCCCUCGUCACUGCCGCCGGUGCUGUCCGACCUCAACUACGCCUUCAUGGCAGCACCGACGGCUGCUGGUGCUGCUGCUGGCGGCGGCAGUGCAGACAGUCGUCGCGCCGCCUCCCAGACGACGUCAUUCAUAGACGACUCCACCACCACCAGCACGGCAGUGCUGCACCGCAGCACCCUGUCCACCAGCCCGCUGUCCCUCUACACAAUUCUGGCGGGCCCUGCGAGCCAAACCCACUCGAUCGUGCUGCUGCGCCCCACACCGGAAGUCGUGUGUGCCGCCCGCGCACGCGCCUUACAGGAGCUGGAGCAGCGGUGGCUGCGGCUUCGUCAGGCCCUCGUUGACCGACUCGUUGCAUGCGAAGAACAAGCGCCGGCUGCAAUCCGUGCGCGGUCCCCAACGCUGUCGCCCGCAGAUGUGCUCGCCGUGGAGCUGCCCAACGCCGACACGUAUGCCAGCCCGUUUAUCGACCGCAGCGCGCGGCAGUGUGAGGGGCUUCCGGCGGAGCCGGUCGGUGCCGAGUCGCUGACGGAAGAGGAGAUGCAGCGCCAGACGCGACUGCCGCAGCUGCAGGGCGGACAUCUACCACGGCGACCGCUCACGGAUCAGGUUGGCGGCCCCCACGGCGUGAACGGAAGGCUGCUGCGACUGGCCGCUACCUCGCUGCAGACGCCGCCGGCAGACCCCGGCCUGCGCACGCGCUCACUGCCGAGCAGCGUGAAACGACCUUCGCGUGGCAGCGGUGCACAAGACGACGGGGCGUCAGCGGAAGCAGCGGCACCGUGGUCCGCGUCCACGCCGCCAACGUUGCCACGCCCUCUGCAGCAGUCUCCGUGCACGCCUCGGCAGUCACACACCCGGCGCGCGGAUCAAGGAGCCUGGAGCACAGAUGAAGCCGCAAGUGCCUCCGCUGGCGGUGAUGACGGGUGCGGCGGUCUCGUCCGUGGUUCAGAGCGUGCCUCUACUACUGCCACGCCACGCAGCGAUGCCGGGAUUCCGCGGACACUGCAGCUGGCACGCUCCCCAGUAGACCCGAUCUCUCUCUGCUCGCCGUCUUCGUGUGAGGGACCCGAGGUGCCAUGCACCGAUGGGUCAUCCUCCGACCUGGACGGGUUGCGCAGCGCACUCUUCUCGGAGGGUCGGCGAGCGGCGACAGAGAAGAUCCGCACUAUCUUGGCCGCUGUGCGCACCAGCAAGGAGCGGCCGCGGGUCGGGGAGUCCACGGCCGGGGCGCCGCAACCACCAGCCACCAUGCCACGAGCGCACCUAUCCGCCCUCGCCGUUGAAGCAUCCUUGCCUGUGUCAGCGGACGCAUGGCGGCUGGCGAACGACACCGAUCGCGUUGGCAGCGCCGCAGCCCCCGGCUCUCCUAGGAAGGCGUCGCCAUCUUCGACCUCCCUGCCGUCCCAGCGCCACCGCCACAACGACGGGUCUCCAAUGGACGCUGACACGGCCAUGCAGUUGACCCACGACGACCGCGAUGCUGUCGGCGACAGUCCGCGGCAUCGCACAUGCAGCGGGGUGGAGCGGUACUCCGCCAUCUUGUCUGUCUCUGCACAAUCCGUGCCGGACUCCCAGCCCAUGUCGGUGCUGCAGGAAGUGAGCGUGACGUCCUGCCUCUCGUGGGAUGUGCGCAACACGAUGAACGACACCGCGAGUCAACAUAGCAACACCGGCGACGGUGAUGGACAAGUAGCGCCGUGCUCUGGUGAGAGCGGGGCCACGCUGCCGACCUCGCCGUCGCCGCAGCUGUGCACGCCGAUACCGACCUACCUGCCGCGCCCUUCGCGGCUCAACAAGAAUGGAGCACUUAAAAUGCCCAAUCUAAGCACCCCUGACAUCGCCGUCACGCUGGCUACGCCCUGCUCCACGGUGUCGAGCCCUACCUCCCCGCCACCACACGCGGCAUCGCCCAUGCUUCAAACGAAUUUUUUCACUGCUGCCGCAGCACCGCCGCACGCCGAGGAUCACAGUCAGUCGCCAUCUCGCGUACGUUACCCCAUCCUCCAGCAGCCCCCAGCACCCCUGUGUCACGCAGAUACUGCCAGCGCUCGCAGCAGCAGCAGCAGCAGCGAUGCGACCCGCUUUGUUCUCACCCACACAUCGCGGCCAGAGGAGAAGGUUUUAGGAGGCUGCACGAAAAACGAGAAGACACUCAGCGCAGUGCCUGCGCGUAGCGAUCCCCGCACGGAGGCCCGCUCGGCGCCACAAGCGACGCGUUCAACUGCCUUGGAGUCCUCUAGCUCGAGCGACGAUGCCCCUGUUCUCAGCGGAACAGCAACGUACUCAUCCUAUAUCCCGGUGGACCCUCUCUCAUCUGUCGCUGUCGCCCAAGGAGCGUCCGCAGCUUGGCGAGCUGGCGCCGCUGCGUCGUCGUCGCCGCAGACGCCACACGAGGCGGCACGCGAAUUGCGUGGUGCUUCUUCCUCGACACCCAGCACUCGCCCCUUCUCCUCGCCCACGUUUCUGAGCAAUAAGUGUCUUGUGCAGCUGCGCAACUUAGAGCAGCCGCAGCGGGAGCCGAUGCGUCGUGUGUCACCACCGCCGCCGCCCUCCUUGUCGACGUCGGCAGAGGCACGGGCACGUGUGCACCUGGGAUUGUCGUCACUGAGGGAGAAUGACGACGUCGCUGCCUUGAGCACGGAUCUCCACCACACUCGCGGUGCUGCUCUUGGGACAGUGCCACGUAAGAUAGCGGUGGUUGUGGAGGUGGGCCCGCAGCAGCGUCCUCGCCUCAGCGAACGCGGUUUAGCAGGCGCCACUCGUCACGACGGCGCCCGGCAUCGCGAGCACGUCUCUCCUCUCCAGAGCGGCACCGAUGCGGUGGAAGCAACGACAACUUCAGCGAACCAUCAAGUUGGCCAUGGCGGCAGCAGCGACACUAGUGGCGCCGUGGAAAGUAACGGCAGUCCGCUGUCGCGCCGCCCGCCGCUCCUGGCGUCGUCGCCCGCAACAGGGGCGAACGGCGGCGCACAUGAAGCGGCGUCGAUAUCUACUGCUCCAUGUGCGGUGGCGUCACAGCCGCCAUCGCAGCAUACGGACGGCACUGGCGCCACAGGUCUCGCCAGCGGUGAGCCAAGACCGUCGCAUUGCCCUCAAGCGAGUGCCAGCAGCUGCAUGCAUCACAGACGCGCGUCUCCGAGAGCACCCAAGACGGCAGCCGCCCCUGCGAUCGAUGACAACGCAGAGGGCUCGCCGCAGCGACAUCUGCAACGGCAGCGGCGCCAUGAGCGCACCGGCUCUGUGUCUGUGGGGGUGUUGUGCAGCGAGCUGUCCGUAUCCGUCGACCGCGAAGUGGAGCUGCCGGAACAGCCGGUGCGCCUGCCGGAGGUGCCAACCCCACGCUCACCUCAGCGGUCUCAGCCGCAUCAGCAGCCAUACCUCGUCACCGUCGAUGCGGCCGCCGCAAAGUCCGUUCGCUCCGGCGAGCCGGCCGCGGGCCUUCACAACCUCGACAAGCGCAUGCACUCGGGGAGGGUGGGCUCGCCAGAGGCACAUCAGUGGGCCACACACGCGCUACAAAGCCGCAACGUCAGCGCGGACGUCUGUUCACCGUACCGGCAGGCCUACCCGCAUCACCGCUCGCCUGGGGAGGCGGCGCGAGAGGAUUCCGCAUCCUCCCCCUCCUCCGCGUCGUCGCCGCCCUUACUGCUGCCGAAAAGCCGGCGUCCGGCGCAGCGCCCAUCGAGGCACGUGAGAAGCACGGGCAGCGAAAAAUCGGACGCGGUGGCGCCGAGGGCGCUGUCGACCUCAUGCAUGCGCCACACCACUCCUCCGGCGGCUGCUGCGUCAGCGAACUCUGCCCCCUCCUCUGUAAACUUCAGAUCGCUCAUCUCCUCCGCGGCUCCCUCGCCGCGUGGCACGUCGCCUGUUCCCCACCCAAGCGAUUGUUUCUCGCGAAGCGGCCGCGGCGGCGCCGGGGAGCUACUGGUUCUUCGGCCCCACCGAAGCACAUCCUCCUCACAGCACAACCGUCGAUAUCACGAUGGUGCUGUCGCGCUCUCGCCGUCGUCGUUAUCCACUACACGCAGGCACACGGUCCUCGUGCGCCGCGUGGUGCGUCGGCGUCGCAGCGAGGUAUUCGUGGAAGAGGGCGGCACGUUGGUGCACCGUGCCCCAAUGGCGACGCCACACCUCCCAAGCAGCAGCAGCAGCAGCGGCGGCAGUGGGAGGGGCGCUUCAGCGCCGACACUGCCGUCCUCGCUGCGGGACACGAGAGCUGCGAGAACUCGCACAACACCCAGACGGCACUCCCACACUUAG